AUGAGUGAAUUUUACGAUGUCGUGGUCGUAGGUGGCGGGAACGCGGGUUAUUCCGCAGCCAUUUCAGCCAAGCAAGCGGGUGCAAGCAAGGUCCUAUUGAUUGAAAAAUCAACCGCCGAUGCUUAUCCUGGUGGCAAUAGUUACUUUACUGCUGGUGCAUUCCGUACAGUGUUCCAUGGAUUGGAUGAUCUUCUUCCGAUAGUGCAUAAUGUGGAUGCUAAAACAGCAAAGUUGAUUGACAUGGAGCCUUAUACGCGUGAGCAAUUUUACAAUGACGUGAUGCGUGUGAGUGGUGGUCGAGCUGAUGAUGCACUUGCCAACACGUUGGUGGAUGAAAGCCGUGAUACCAUUGAUUGGCUCAAUAAGGUGGGAAUCCAAUUCCAAUUUUCAUUCCAUCGUCAAGCAUACAAGGUGGAUGGUCGAUACAAAUUCUGGGGAGGAAUGGUUUUGAGUAUUGUGAACGGUGGCAAGGGCUUGAUGAAGAAUUACCAUGAUGCAGCCUUGAAGCAUGGUGUCAUUGUACGCUAUGGUACAAGCUUGACAAACAUUUUGACCCACCCAAAUCAAUCCAAGGUGACAGGCAUUCAAGUCAUUACAACAUCAGGUGACAAGCAAACGAUCUCCACGGGUGCAUUGAUUUUGGCGUGUGGUGGUUUUGAAGCGAAUCCUGCUAUGCGUGCUCAAUUCCUUGGACCCAAUUGGGAUUUGGCACAUGUGCGAGGUACACCUUACAAUACGGGUGAAGGUCUAUUGAUUGCCCAACGUGAUUGUAAUGUCAAGACGGCUGGCAGUUGGAGUUCGUGUCAUGCUACCUGCUGGGAUGCCAAUACCCAUCCUCAUCAAGGCGAUGUCCACUUGACCAAUCAAUUCACCAAAAGCGGCUAUCCACUUGGUCUGAUGUUGAAUAGCAAUGGCGUACGUUUUGUGGAUGAAGGAGCUGACUUUCGAAAUUACACGUAUGCCUUCUUUGGAAAGGAAAUCAUGCGACAACCAGGAGGUAUCGCUUUCCAGAUUUGGGAUUCCAAAAUGCUGCCGUACCUGAGAGAAGAAGAAUACAGCGAUGAUGUGGUGGAAAAGGUGGUGGCCAACUCAAUUGAAGAACUUGCCGAGAAACUCGCCACGCCUACCAAAGGCUCUUGGAAAGGAACAUUGUCCAGCAAAGAGCAAUUGAUCAAGACCAUCACCGAGUACAAUGAAGCUGUGCGUGCCCACCGACAGGAAAAUCCAAAUUGCAAAUGGGAUCCUUCUAUCAAGGAUGGAUUAUCCACCCAAUCCUCUCGUAUUCAACUUGAGUUGCCGAAAAGUAAUUGGGCUCUUACGAUCGAUGAAGCACCUUUUGUCGCUGUCAAGAUCACUACAGGUAUCACGUUCACUUUUGGAGGCCUCGCUGUUGAUCCCAGUACGGCUGCUAUGCUUGAUUCCUUUGGUAACAAAAUACCUAAUCUUUAUGGUGCUGGCGAAAUAGUAGGUGGCAUUGCAAGCUCAAAUUAUGCUGGAGGAAGUGGUUUAAUGUUGGGUGCCAUCCUUGGAAGGAAAGCUGGUAUUUCUGCUGCAACCCAGACCUCUAAGAGUAGUAGAAUGUAG